CAGCUGGCUCCAACUCAGCACACUCGUGGCUAAUGGCCUUCUUCUUCUUUAUUUCUUUAACAUCUAACACACACACUUGCCCACACUCAGAAAAUGGAUCCGACCGGCACCCCUCGCCGGACCCGAAAUAUCCCGCCGAAACCCGACCUCUACUCCACCGUAGUCGUCCACGGCGACGAAGAUUCCACCUCCGAAUCCGACCGAGACCGGCGGCGCGGCAACCAGGAACCCGACCCGUACGCCACAUUCGUAUACAAGAACAAUGCUCACGACGAAGACGACGACGACUCCUCACUGCCUCCCCUCCUCAAACGCCUCCCCAAGGACUUCGGCGGCGGCGCCUCCCUCAACUACUUCGACGACGAGGACGACAACGGCGGCGAUUUCGGCACCGUGAUCGUCAAGAGCGACCGCAAUCGGACCACCAGGAGGUCGUCACGUGACUGGGGGAGCCGAGCCGCGGAGGCGGAGGACGGUGACGGCGGAGAUGCGUUCUCGACGUUUGUGAUGAGGCCGAGUGAGAGAGAGUCGUCGCUGACCGGGACGGUGAGGAGGACCAGCGGCGGCAGUUCCACGAUGAGCAGGGCAGUGGCGAGCAUGCAGGCCUCCGGCGACGGGAUGGGGAAGCAGAGGAAGAGCAGUGCCGCCUCGUCGCAAAACGAGGAGGCUCGCCAGAAUAUGAAAAUGUCGGCCAGUUCCAUACCGGAAAGCGUCACCAGAGAAGAUCCGACUACAAAGUACGAGUUGCUCAAUGAGCUUGGGAAGGGGUCUUAUGGUGCGGUUUAUAAAGCUAGGGACUUGAAGACUUCCGAGCUGGUGGCAAUUAAAGUCAUUUCAUUAUCUCAAGGGGAGGAAGGGUAUGAAGAGAUUUGUGGUGAAAUCGAGAUGCUGCAGCAAUGCAGUCAUCCGAAUGUCGUUCGGUACUUGGGGAGCUACCAAGGAGAAGAGUAUCUUUGGAUUGUGAUGGAGUACUGUGGUGGUGGAAGUGUUGCUGAUUUAAUGAAUGUUACCGAGGAUGCUUUGGAGGAGUAUCAAAUAGCUUACAUUUGCAGGGAAGCAUUGAAGGGCCUUGCUUAUUUGCACUCAAUUUUCAAGGUCCACAGAGAUAUUAAGGGUGGUAAUAUUCUGUUAACUGAACAAGGAGAUGUCAAGUUGGGUGACUUUGGGGUUGCAGCACAGCUUACAAGGACCAUGUCAAAGCGCAAUACGUUCAUUGGGACUCCACAUUGGAUGGCUCCAGAAGUUAUUCAGGAAAGCCGCUAUGAUGGAAAGGUGGAUGUAUGGGCUCUUGGUGUUUCUGCAAUUGAAAUGGCUGAGGGACUUCCUCCAAGAUCUGCGGUGCAUCCAAUGAGGGUUCUAUUCAUGAUAUCCCUUGAGCCAGCUCCGAUGCUUGAGGAUAAAGAAAAAUGGUCUCUCGUGUUUCAUGAUUUUGUGGCGAAGUGCCUGACAAAAGAACCUCGGCUACGCCCUACUGCGGCUGAGAUGUUGAAGCACAAAUUCAUCGAAAAAUGCAAAUGUGGUCCCUCUGCAAUGGUGCCAAGGAUUGAGAAGGCCAGGCAAAUUAGGACCUCUAUGGCUUUGCAAGCACAAAAUGAAGCUCCAGACGAACAGGAAGACGAUACACUUGGAGCUCCCAAAGUGAAUGAAGAUUAUGGAGAUACCGUUCCCUCAAGGCCUCUAGGGGCAAAUGAAGUGACAGGCAGCACAUUGACGAAGCAGCACAUGUCUGGUAUUGGGGAGCAUGCAGAGGAAGGUAAUUUUGGCACCGUAAUAAUUCAUGGUGGAGAUGAAAGAGAUGAGACUGGUACUCGGACACAAAUUUUUAAUUCCAAAGAAGAUUCACCUGCCUCUGGACUUGGCCCUUCCACUGCUGGUACAGUAGGUAAAUCAAGCGAAGUCAGGGUGGGAGACGAAAAUAACACCUCAGUUGGAGUACGAAAUACAGUUACACAGACCAAACCAGCAUUUUCUCUUUCAACCUUUACCUCUUCUGAGCCGAACUUGAGAAAAUGCAAAUCUCAACCACAGGUUGGAAGUCAAAGCAGUGGCACAAUGAAGAAUGAAACUUUCAGCCGGAAAGCUUUUGCAGUGCAAGAUAAGCUUUCGUCCAUAUAUGCAGCUGGUAAUACGGUGCCUAUUCCAUUUUUGAGGGCAACAGAUAUAUCCCCCAUUGCUCUCUUAUCAGAUAAUGUUGUUGGAGGCAUGCAACGAGAUCAUAGUGGAACUGGUGCUAUAGAUGCACUGCAGGAGCUUUUUUCUGGCGAUGCACAGUCUAAAAAGGGACGAAGAGGGCAAAAUGAGAUGCCCCUUCCUCCAAGUGUUUACAAAAGACUCUUUGCAAGUCCAACUCUAUUAAAUCUCACACAAGCUUUAGCCUACCACAAGAUGUGCUAUGAAGAUAUGCCUCUCCAAGAAUUGCAAGCAACUCAGGAACAACAGACUAUUCAAAAUCUUUGCGAUACACUAAGAACCAUUCUUCGAUUGUAGCCAUAUAUAUUCUGACAGUGUCUAACUUUGUUUCUUUUCAUCUAUCACAUUGGUAUUACUGUAUUAGUCAAGGCUAGAUAAUGGUAGAAAAGUUGGGUAGCAAUACAAUGAGUAGUCUUUAGUUUGGCCUAUGUUGUCUUUGUGUAGCGUAGUGUAAAUAACUUUCCUUGUACAUCACAGCCAGACAAAUAAUUUUGUCGAAAUGAAAGUUGUUCGAGCUUCUUUUCUUUUGUUA